AUGUCAAAUAAUGGCAGUGGCAACAUAAAAUACAACUCAAACCUCCUCAAGUACUCUUGCCACAUCCACUGCAGGGUGAGGCCUGUGAGCCCUGCGGUAGUAAAAAAUUCUUUGGAAGAUGAGGCAGAUAGGAAUCACACAUCACAAGAGUUGCUUGAAAAUGAAAGGCGGUUAAGCGUAGCUGUGAUGCUAUCAAAACCAAUAAUAGCUCUUCAGUUUAAAGAUUUAACAAUGCAAGUAGAAGCUCCUGUUGUAGUUCACCCUUCAAUAUAA